CGCCCACCGCCGUGCCUCUUGUCCUCUGCUCCGCUGAACGCUGAUGUGUUACUAGCACCACCAGGCGAUUCCACGAAUAAAAAGAAUAAUGUUCAACCUAGGAUCGAAACUCCUGCUGCUCUUCCUCCUGGCCUUCCCCUGUGGGUUGAUCUCCGUGGGCCACGUCUCUGCAGAGUCACACUCUGCUGAGGACAUUGCUGAGGAUGCUGACGCUGCCCUAGAUGAGGAGGAAGAUGAAGAGGAGGUUCUUGUUGAGGAAGAUCAGAUGCAAACCUCGGAGGGAGACGAAGAGGAGACGGAUGAAGCGGCUGAUUCUCUGUUAACAUCUCACACUGAUGCUGACACAACCAUCAUCUUCACGACAGGAGAAGAGUUUUAUGCCAAUGAAAUUGUGAGGUUCCUGGUGGGUUUCACCAACAAGGGGAGUCAGGAUUUCAACGUUCAAUCGUUGGAGGCCUCCUUCCGUUAUCCCCAAGACUUCCAGUUCUACAUUCAGAAUUUCACAGCUUUGCCCCUGAACACUGUGGUGCAGCCCCAGGCUCAGGCCUCCUUUGAGUACUCAUUCAUCCCCGCUCAGCCAAUGGCCGGUCGUCCAUUCGGGCUUGUUAUCCUCCUCAACUAUCUUGACACUGAGGGGAACGUGUUCCAGACUGCCAUUUACAACCAGACUGUCACCAUCACAGAGAGAGAAGAGGGACUGGACGGAGAAACGAUGUUCUUGUACGUGUUCCUGGUUGGACUGGUCGCCCUGAUGCUCUUUGGAAUGUACCAGCUCCUGGAGACGAGGACGAAGAGGAGAAUCCCUGUGAAAAUAGAGAAGGGCACCGGUGGGAUGAGUGAUGUGGACAUCAGCUGGAUUCCUCAGGAGACUCUCAAUGUCAUGAACAAGGCUUCCCCUAAAACAUCUCCACGGAAACGAACCAAGAGGGCUGCCGGAGCAGAUCAAUAAAACUUUCCAUUUUCCAUCCGUCGUCAUACCGUCCAUCAGGCGUUCAAUUAAUUUCCUUGCCACAGUAACCCGACGCCCAUUCACCAUGGAUCAGUAUUUCUGGAAUCGACCAGUUUGUUAAAGAUGUUUCUGUGGAUUUCAGCCUCUCAGUUUUGAUGUUCCUGCAGGUUACAUGAGCAGAGAGUCCUCUGAACUCUACAGCUUCUGUUCAAAACGUGACUAUUUAGACACUGACAGGACUGAACUGCAUUUUAAUAGUUUGUGUAUGAGUGUGUAUAAAAAUAAACCAUUUAGUCAUUAAAAAUCCUGGAAAAAAUAAAAAGGAAUGCGAUACAGGCUGCCCCCCCCCCCCCCCCCAUAAAAGAAAAACAAAGCUGAAUACAGUUCAUCCAUAUGGAAGCUGUCACAUUUCAUCCUCAUCCUGUCUAUUAUGUAAAGACCAUUGUGCCUUACCUGCACUGUGCCCUGCGAAGAGGGAUGCAAUUGGUUAACGUUGAGUUUGCUGUGAUGCUUGUCUCACAUGGGGGCAGAUGAAAGUACCAAACAUUAAAACAGUGUUCUCUGGUCUGGAGGUACAAUGUACCUGUUUGUCACCUGACUGUUGUUAGAGGCUCAGUGGAGCAUUUCAGACUCUUAGGUGCUAAUGGUGCAGUCUUUCAGAUUGCAUGCCAUUAUUUUUGAUGAAAAAAAUAAAAGGUUGAACUAA